AUGUGCGAAGAGAUCUUGUUUGGUCACCUGGUAGCUGAAGACGAUUCCGGCUGCACUUUGGUCAAUGUCACUCCACACUACCCUGAGUCGCUGUCAAUGAGGUAUUUCCUUGACAAAUUCGUGGAGGCAUCAGAUGAAUUCUUCGAAGUGGAUUUCAGCCUCUCCACCUCUGGUGUGCAAACAGCCUUUACAGACUCAUGGCCAAUAGAUAUCUCUGAUGAGAAUGGAUCCGGAGAAGCGACCUUGUGCACCUUGGGUGCCUCGAGUAGGCUCAAAGAACGUCGCCACAUGAUGAACAAAUAUCAAGAGUCAGAUAUUGUCGAGUAUGAGGACGGUCUUGACUGCGAGGCUUUCGAUAAUACCAACUUUCUGUGGGAAGAGACAGCCCGUAUUGGUCCCAUAUUGAACCAAGACGACUAUAUCGCUUCUCAGCCGAUACUACUUGAAGGCAAUUCGGAACAUCAUACAACAACGAAGCUGAACAUCCAGGCAUGCAAUGGUGAAGUUAUUGGCGAUCGACAUGGAGAUAACAACAAGGAUGACCACCAAGCCCCCCACGAAUUCAAUCACAAGGCAAAAUCUUCUUGA